AUGAGCGGUCCCGGUUCCUCAGCAAGUAGUAUCAAAUCAUCGUCGGGCUCGGAUUCGGAAAAAUCCUCUGGGAAAUCUAGUGAUAAAUCAGAUUCUCUUGGAGGAAAUCCCACCCAGGUAUACACCGCCACUUCGGCUGGUUCCACCGAACACGAGCUGCCUUACUUUGGUCAGAUGGUUGCUCCAGUUGGCCAGAUAUAUAUUGGCAACCACACAUCUGAAUACUGGCUUGUGAUUGAGGAGCACCGUAGACUCGGAUUGGUAUGGCUCAAGGAUGCGGGAGAAGACAACGCUUCGCUUGAAGAGCUCGUUUUUGACUUGGGGGAGAAGAACAUCACCAUGGUUGGCCUACUGGGCCCAAACCUAGAGGCUAUUUACAAGUGGGUACAUGUGGACAACUGCAAAACGAUGGAAUGGACGCAGUUCUUCGACGCCUUUUCCAAGGGACUCAAAAACAGAAAAGUUCACUUUCACGAGGUUUUCAUCGAUGAAGUCGGGAAAAUCAAGACCAGGGCCAAAGAGAACCACGAUUCGAAAAGGGCGCUGCCGGCCUAA